UAAUAUAGAUUUAAAAUAUUAUUAUUUGUAUGCUAUAAUAUGAUCACGAUAUUACAUAGCCGUGCAUAGCCGCACGACAAACGAUUAUUGUGACGAUAGACCGGUCAGCGGCUGUAGCAGAACCACUACUAGUUGUUUAAUAAUAAUAAUAAUAAUUAGUAUUUCACUGGUUGCACGUCCUUACCAGAGUCCGGCGGUAUUUGAACGUCUUAUUUAACGCGUAGCCAUACGAUUAAUAAAUAAAUGCAUUUAACGCGUUUCGUUAUUUCGUUUUCAUGAACACCGCCGAACGCGUUAGAAAUGUCAACUUCGACUUUCAGCAAAUCCGAUGAGUACGGAUUCGUGCGCCCCGAUGAUUUUGAUUACGUCGAAUAUGAAAAGUUCAUGUCUGUUUACAUUACGAUACUUACAAAAUGUUCAAUGAGGUGGUCACGUCUCUUGGCGUCCAACCCAGAGCUGAAGAGGAACAGUCAACUAAAAAAAUUUGUGCGCAGAGGAAUUCCAUUUUCACUUAGGGCACAGACUUGGACCUCUAUCAGUGGUGUGCAGAAGUUAAAGGACAAGUAUGGACCAAAUACAUAUAAACGCAUGCUAAACAAACCAAUUAAUGAAGACAUUAGGAAUAUAAUCACAGUUGAUGUCCCACGAACAUAUCCAGACAACAUUUAUUUUCACCCAAAUUCAGAAAAUCAAAAGACUUUAUUUAGGAUAUUAUGUGCAUUUGCAGCAUGUAAUCCAGAUGUAGGGUACUGUCAGGGUUUAAAUUACAUAGCUGGUUUAUUGCUAUUAGUUACAAAAAAUGAAGAAACUUGUUUUUGGUUACUAAGAGUAUUGGUGGAGAAUAAACUACCAGACUAUUAUUCUAAAACAAUGGAUGGUGUCAUUGUUGAUAUUGAAGUUUUUUCACGCCUAGUAAAAAAAAAAUGUCCUGAAGUAUCUCAACAUAUGAAUGAUUUAGAAAUGCCAUGGGCACUAGUUGCUACUAAAUGGUUUAUUUGCCUUUUUUCUGAGGUUUUACCAAUUGAGACAACUUUAAGAGUUUGGGAUUGUUUAUUUUAUGAAGGAUCUAAAGUUAUAUUUAGAGUUGGUUUGAUGUUGGUAAAAUAUUAUAAAAAAGAAUUGUUGGAAUGCGAAGACAUUGUAUCAUUGGCAGAGUGUUUUAAGUCAAUCAUUCAACGGCCAUUUCCUUUAAACUGCCAUCUAUUUAUUAAACAAAUGUUUUCAGACAUUGGAUCAUUACCUAUGUCAUUAAUUAAUGAUCUACGUAGACAAGUAUCUGCUGAACGUAAUGCUGAUAAACCUCCCUAUAAAAAUAAAAAAGGCUGAUAUUAAAUAGCUAUUAAUUAUAAGAGUUUAUGAAAUGUUUGUACAGAUGAAUAAAUUCUAGUCAUAUUGUAUUUUUAUGUUGUAACAUGUG